AUGACCCUUUUUGAUUUCCAUAUCAGAGGAUGUGUUUGUGUUUGUGUGUUUGUGAGCCCUUUGGCUUUCCACAUUGCUGACUCUCUCCUUCGUGUCUCCUUCUCUGCAGUCAUUUCCUGCAGCUUCAGCUAAAACCACCAGCCUGAAAUAUUCAGAAACAUGGCCGCCCCUCCAUCGUACGCUGAUCUCGGCAAAGCAGCAAAGGACGUUUUUAAUAAGGGAUACGGGUUUGGGCUGGUGAAGCUCGAUCUGAAGACCAAGUCAGCCAAUGGAGUGGAGUUUAAGACAAGCGGCUCGUCCAACACGGACACGGGAAAAGUGAGCGCAAAUCUGGAGACCAAGUACAAAUGGGAUGAGUACGGAGUGACCUUCACUGAGAAAUGGAGCACGGAUAACACACUCGGUACAGAGAUCAGUGUGGAGGACCAGAUCACUAAAGGACUGAAGGUGACGUUUGACACGUCGUUCUCUCCAAACACGGGGAAGAAGAGUGGGAAAGUGAAGACGGCGUAUAAGUGUGAGUACGUCAACGUGGGCUGUGACGUGGAUUUCGAUUUCUCCGGUCCGUUGGUUCACGCCGCCGCCGUUCUGGGGUACGACUCCUGGCUCGCCGGCUUCCAGAUGACCUUUGACCCCGCCAAGUCCAAAACCACCCGCAACAACCUGGCCAUCGGCUACCGGGCGCGAGACUUCCAGCUGCACACACACGUGAACGACGGCUCUGAGUUUGGAGGCUCUGUGUAUCAGAAGCUGAGUGAUAAUCUGGAGACGGCGGUGAAUCUGGCCUGGGCGGCCGGGAGCAACAACACACGCUUCGGCAUCGCCGCCAAAUACGCACUCGACUCCAACUCCUCCGUGAACGUUAAGGUGAAUAACUCCAGUCUGGUUGGAGUGGGCUACACACAGACCCUCAGACCAGGGGUGAAGCUGAUUCUCUCUGCGCUGGUCGAUGGGAAGAGCAUCAACGCCGGAGGUCAUAAACUCGGCCUGGGUUUCGAACUGGAGGCUUAAACAACCUCCCUGUUCAACGAUCUCUGUGUGUGUGUGUGUUCUAUGCAGAAGCAGAACAUUUACACACACACACACACACACACACACACACACGUUACAAACACUCCAUCAUUCCUCUGAGUCUCAGCACUUUAGUUAUUCCUCUAUAUUUAUUUCCUUCACCACCUCUCUCUCUCUCUCUCUCACACACACACACACACACACACUCUCUCUCUCUCUCUCUCUCUCACACACACACACACUCUCUCUCUCUCUCUCACACACACACACACAGACACACACACACUCUCUCUCUCUCUCUCUCUCUCACACACACACACACACACUCUCUCUCUCUCACACACACACACACACACUUGUUACAUACACUGCGUCAUUCCUCUGAGUCUCAGCACUUUAGUUAUUCCUCUAUAUAUAUUUAUUUCCUUCACCAUCUCUCUCUCGCUCUCUCUCUCUCACACACACACACACACACACACACACUACGCUGGACCUGGGUUAAUCUUUACCGUAUUUUCCUGAGUAUAAGAUUUUUUUUCCUUGACUGUAAUACUUUUUGCCCGUUAGCUUUUCUGUAAUAUGCCUGUGUGUUAGAGUGUAUACAGUAGCCCUGCUACUCCAGAAAUUACGGUAUUUCACUGCUCCACGUGCUUGUCAGAUGUUUCCGAUCGUGAAAGCUUGAAGUUAUGAAAUCAUUGCUUUAAAGUGCACGGCUAGUUCGCUAGCCUGAUCGUCGUAUUUAUGAUUAGCUUGGUGUUAAGACGUUGCUGUGAUAAAGGAAAUUUAGCGUUAUUGUAUCCUUACAGAAUGAGUAAAGAGCAUGCAACACUAACAGGACAAACACUAAAUUGCGCUGCACCACUAGGGGGUGCUGAAGUGCUGUUUUAGAAUAUAACAUACCUGUUACGUUAUAAAGUUUUUACACUUAUAGUCUGGAGAAUACGGUAAAUGCUAAGCUCUUGUGAAUGUAGAGUUACUGUAUAAAUCAGAUUAAAGCUGGUAUUCUGCUA